GCGUCUCUCUGUUUCUACCUCUCUGUCUCUCUCGGCCUGGCUCAAUAGCCAGAUGUUAUCCCCCCCCUCCUCCCAUGCCUGUCCCGCUGUCUCCAGCCCCCGCUCAUUCUGCCAGGCUUGCUGCAGUCUCCUGGCGCGCGGAUAACCUUGCGGCCACGAUACGGGCAGCUGCUCCCCCUCCCCCUUGCGCUCCGGUAGCGGGGACGGGGAUGUGGGGGAGGGCAAGAGAAGUCAUCUGAAACUCGGACAGCUCCUAGGCUGAGACCCCCAUGGGGGAGGGCAAGACGAGCUGCAGAGGGUCGGGGUGGUACAGCUGGAUGCAGCUCCUGUGUCCGCAGGCGUGCGCUCCGGCAGCCCUCGGGCCCCGCGCGCUCUGGACGGUUGCCUGGGGACUCCUGCUGCUGGUUCCCGUGCCUGCCGGAGCUCAGCGUGGCAGGAAGAAAGUCGUGCACGUGCUGGAGGGCGAGUCCGGCUCCGUGGUGGUGCAGACCGCGCCCGGGCAGGUAGUGAGCCACCGCGGUGGCACCAUCGUUUUACCCUGCCGCUACCAUUACGAGGCGGCCGCCCACGGCCACGACGGCGUCCGCCUCAAGUGGACGAAAGUGGUAGACCCUUUGGCUUUCGCCGAUGUCUUCGUGGCUCUGGGUUCCCAGUAUCGAGCCUUUGGCCCUUACCGAGGGCGGGCGGAGCUGCAGAACGACGGGCCCGGGGAUGCCUCUCUGGUCCUCCGAAAUGUCACCCUGCAGGACUACGGACGCUAUGAGUGCGAGGUCACCAAUGAACUAGAGGAUGAUGCUGGCAUGGUCAACCUGGACUUGGAAGGAGUGGUCUUUCCCUAUCAUCCGCGUGGAGGCCGCUACAAGAUGACUUUCGUGGAAGCACAGCGCGCCUGCGCAGAACAGGAUGGCAUUCUGGCAUCCGCCGAGCAGCUCCAUGCGGCCUGGCGCGAUGGCCUGGACUGGUGCAAUGCUGGAUGGCUACAUGAUGGUUCUGUGCAGUAUCCAGUGAGCCAGGCCCGGGAGCCCUGUGGCGGCGCUGGGAGCACUGGGGCUGGUGGAGGCACCAAUGGGGGCGUGCGCAACUAUGGGUAUCGUCAUAACGCCGAGGAACGCUAUGAUGCCUUCUGCUUCACAUCCAACCUCCCUGGUCGCGUGUUCUUCCUGAAGCCUCUGCGGCCGGUGGCCUUGGCCGGGGCGGCUCGGGCUUGCGCAGCCCGGGGUGCGACGGUGGCCAAGGUUGGACAGCUGUUUGCCGCGUGGAAGCUGCAGCUGUUGGACCGUUGCACUGCAGGCUGGCUGGCUGAUGGCAGCGCGCGCUACCCCAUAGUGAAUCCGCGCACUCGCUGCGGGGGGCCCCGGCCGGGCGUGCGCAGUCUCGGUUUCCCCGACGCCUCCCAACGCCUCUUUGGCGUCUACUGCUACCGCGCUCCAGGUGCCCCAGACCCGGCUCCAGGAGGCUGGGGCUGGGGCUGGGCUGGCGGAGGAGGCUGGGCAGGAGGAUCAAGGGACCCAGCUGCCUGGACCCCGCUGCGUGUCUAGACCAUGAGAACUGGGGUUUGUGGAUGUUGGUGGCUGAUCCAGGGGCUCUGCACACCCCCUGGAAUCUGACUUCUCACCAGAGAUCCCUUGGGUAUAUGAAACAACCCU